AUGACAGUUCAACCUGGUUUAACUGAACUGUUAUGACUGGUGGAACAAAAAUGUCAAAUCUGAACUGUAUUUACAAAAUCCAAACAAGAGGAAUUUAGCAGAAAGUAGUCAAUGAAACGAACGAAAUGGCUUAUGUGAAUGUAAAAGAUUGGUCUGUUGAGCAAGUGACAGAGUGGUUGAAAGGUCUAGACAAUAGCAUAUCACAUUACACUCAAUCCUUUUUAAACAAUGGAGUUAAUGGACAACAGCUACUCAACAUUCGUUUAGAUGAUUUGGAGCAUUUGGGUGUUAAGAUUCUGGGACACCAAGAAAUUAUCAUUGAAUCAAUUGUGCAACUUCGAAAUAUACACUAUGAGCUUGACAAAGAAAAUUUACAAUUGCUUGCACUUCGACUCUCAUGCACAGCAAAUUCACUCAACAAGGAAUUACAAUACAAUGAUAAUAAUACAACUGUAGUGCAAAUGCAAACCUUAUCUGAUGUACACAAUGUUAUAAAAACUAUAAAACCAAUAGUUUAUUGGCUCAAUAGAUCACCUUUUGCUGAUAAUGUAGAAUAUACUGAACUAAAAAAAGAGCUUUUAAUGUUGGGACUUGAGAUGGCAACGCAAGGAAAUCGUGGUAAAUUUUCUGAACAACCAAACCAAUCAAUUAGAGAUAACUGUGAGAAACUGGCUAAACUUGCUGAUAAAAUUAUUCAAGAUAGUUUUGAUCCAAUUAUAUUACAACCAGCUACAUUAGAUUUAACAACCUUAAAGAAAAAAGAACAAGAUUUAGGAUUUUCAGUGCUACCCAGUUACAAUUUAGUACAUCAAAUUGCUGAUAUCAAAUUUGGAUCUCCAGCACAAUUAAGCAAGAAAAUUGAUGAAGGUGAUGAGAUUAUUCAGAUUAAUUAUCAAACAGUAAUUGGUUGGGAAACAAAGAAAGUGCUUUUGUUGAUGCAAGAACCUCCAACUGAGAUUGUGUUGACUCUUAAGAAAAGGCCAAGACAUACUAAAGUCUAUGGGCAGAUUUAUAUGAAACCAUAUAGAUUGCCAAGUAAAAAGAAAGCUGAAAAGAGGUGGUAUGAAAAUUUGCCAUCACCACAAUUACUACAAAAUUAUGUGCUACCACAAAUCCCAAAGAUAACACCGAUUAUGGACAAUAUUGAAUCAGAUAGUGGUAGCGAAUGCGAAACUCCUGACAGUCCUUUGGAGAACAGUGGUAGAAUGAUACCAUUUAAGCCAAGGUCAGUUUUACAAAGGAGAAACACCAUUACAGGAGCCACACCUACUAAUAAACAAUCUUCACACGAAAUUGAACAGUAUUGGAAGUUGUUGAAAAAUGAGGCAAAGACGACUCACGCUAGUUCGUACAACUUGCCAACAGACAAAUUCGAGGAAGAUCCGAUGUAUUUAAGAGAUAAAAGUGUAUCGUGCAGUCACGGAUUGGAAUUGGGUGAACGGCCGACGACGGUGAUUGGACUGACGCACAACCGUAAGAAUAGUUUCAAGACUGAUUUUCCCGAAAAGAUUAAGAAGAAUGUGAAUUUCGAUGACACCAAAAUAAUAAUAAACGACAUAUCAGAGCUAAAAGUGGACGACAGAAAGAGCAUUAGCACAACGUCUUUGAGUAGCCUCAAGGACGAAACGAUUGAUUUCAUUGAUGAAGCCGAAGAUCUUCAAGAUCGCAGCAAAAUGACCCUGGACGUUGAUUUGAUAGAUACUAAUAAAUGCGUCAAAGAAAUUGUAAGUUGCAAAACUAAAUUGAAUAAGAGUCCGUUGAAGGACACGGUUCUAGAAGACGUCCAUAUUGACAAUAUUAUUAUGAAGUUUGAGGUUGUUGACAAGCCAAAAAAAUUGUCUAAAAAAGUGCCUGUAGUACCGCAAAAGCCUAUUGUCUUCCCGAGGCCUCCAAAGAGUAGAGGGAAAUUAGAUAAGAGUCAUAGCACUCCGGCUUAUGACUUGACUUCUGAGGAGGACAUUCCUAAAGAAUGUCCAUUAACUCCUAUGGACGAAAAUCCUAUUAAAUUAAGUGCAAUAGAAUUUCCAAGUAAUGUAGCUAAAGAAAAUCCGCGUCAAUUAACGCACAAGCUGUCUUUUCGCGAAGUAAACGAGCUUCCAAAAAUUCCACCCCAGGAUAUAGCUAAAUUUUCUCACCAAGAAAAAGCCACUAAACCAAUAGAAGUUACAUUUCCUCAACACGAUUCAUUAAAAUAUUUACAAGAUAAUAAAUCGAACAACGAAGACGAAUCCAUGAGCUUCUCUCAAAUAAGUGAACAGGAUUCAAAAAUAUCACAAUCGACUAUCAGAUAUGAAUUGGGUAUUCCAACAAUACAUAAAGUCAUCAAUUGCAAUUCACUUGCACUGGAAGUAAGGAAGAAGUCAGAUGUACCGCCAAAGCCUCCUCCUAGGACCAACAUCCCUGAAUCUUACAAGAGGAAAGUUCUACCGCCACCCGAGGCAUUAAACCCGAAAAUAGCAGAAGUCACAAUGCAAUUGAAAUUGAACGAAGCAUUAGAGGCCGCAGCUUCAAUAGAUUUUGAGCCAUCUGCUGUCAGUUCACCAAUCACUAAGCAGCCAAAAGAAGAUGUAUUAAAAAUUGAUACGAAAAAAUCUUCGCCCACAAAUAUAUUGGGUCGUGCAAUAAGCAAAAAUAAAUCCGCCAAAAAGAAAAACAGUUUACUGUUGAAAAGACGGAAGGUUAGCGUGAGUGAUGUAACUCCUGGUGAAAUACAGGGUUAUUUAUACAAGCGAUUAAGAAGUAAACAUAAUCAGAAUGUACAUUGGGAAAAAAGAUGGUUCGUGUUGAAUCAAAACUGUCUCUAUGGUUUUAAGUCGAAAGAAUCUCUAAAAGCCGAAUGUUACAUUUACCUUGCCGGAUUCACGGUUACAGAAGCAACGGAAGUAAAAUCACGUCCAUUCGCUUUUAAAGUAUACCACACAGGAACCGUUUUCUACUUUUCAGCUGAAAAUCAUGAAAUACUACUCUCUUGGACUGAAUCUAUAACCUCUGCAACUUUCAAUCCAGACGUGUCGAGGUCGACUGAUCAAAUUCUAUAUUCUGAAAGUGACAAUGAUUCAGAUACUGAAACCCCGAGCAAGUCUUCCACGUUAGAAAAGCCCAACGAUGGUAUUCGCAAGUUUAAUUCGCUGAAAAAAUUCACAUCGAAGAAACGUGAUUCAUCCGAUGGAAUCACGAGCUUAGAUCGAAAAUGGUUCUUCAACAAGUCAAGCAAUAAAAAGAACGCUCUUCCGGUUCCCACCGCUCAAUUCCGCUCUUAUCGAAAGGUGCCCGCUUCCACGACUUUCGGAAAUUUUACUUCACACAUAGCAAACUAUGGGGCGAAAUCUGAAAUACAUGACAAUAUUUCCAACUUAAGCAUGGAUUCAAUGUCACAAAUCAAUGAAAGCUACAAGUUGCAUUCGAGUAACGUUAGCCUAGAUACAGAGUACAAAUGUAAUUCCAGCUUAUACUAUGAUAGCUUUAAUCAAUGUAUGGAAAGCAACAAUACCCCUGAAAUGGUAUAUCCUAAGAAAACUCAUUUGAGGACAUCGUCCGACUGCAGUGAACCCAAAAAGGAAAGCUCUUGCUUCAGCAAGCGUUCAUCCUCAAUUAAAUCCGGAACUCAUUCUUUCAAUACUCCGAAGAACUCCAAGAAUCAUUCAUUGCCUCGCACACCGAAAUCUGCUGAACCGAACUUCGCCAGACACAAAUCGAAUUCGUCCAAAUCUCUUUCCAAAGAACUUUCACAGGGCAUGAUUUAUUGUCCUCAAACAACAAUGAACGAUGUCCAAUUUGCACAAAACAGAACACUAGACGGUAGAAAGUUCAAUGAAACACCGAAAUGCUUAAAACCAGCAAUGCAUUAUACACCAUUGGCUACUCCGCUCAGUCCAGAAGACAAGAGAUUCAACACCAAGUUUGAACUGAAUUUAGAUGAUCGGGCUGUUAGCAAUACCAGCAAAAGUAGUAAAUUUAGGCAGCUUUUCAUGAAGCAGGACAGCAAAAAGGAGAAGAGAUUGCCGAAAUUUAGUAAAAGUGAAGAUUUGGGCAUCUCUCCAGAUUCGAUCGUAGCUAGUUCAUAUUUGCCCGAAGUUUCAUAUUCUCAAGUCCAAAGUGCUCCACCUUCAGCAGAUUAUCCUGGAUUAGAAUAUCCGCCUGUAUUUAAAGCCGAGACAUACUCUUUAUCUAAUCCGCAAAGUACAUUGUUUCGAAAGCAGAAUAAGUAAAGCUAAAUUAUUCCUUCAUUGAACUAGUGAUAUGUUGAGUUAUAUUUUUAUUUUUUUUAUCUUAAUAAAAUAUGUUGAUUUUAUUAUGAUUCUUAAAAAUGUUA